AGAAGUAGUCCAUGUUCCGGCGGAAGUCGCUGUCAAGUGGUGACGUCACAGGCGUUUGUUUGUUCUUUUUUAAGUUUUUUUACCCGGCAAGUUUCGGGAACCUUCUCGUUGGAUCGGGAUGAAAGUGACGAUUAAACGUUGGACCAGCGUGGCCUCUUGGCGCUGGAUUGCUAAUGACGACAAUUGUGGCAUAUGCCGAGUGCCCUUCGACGGAUGCUGUCCAGACUGCAAAAUGCCAGGUGAUGACUGCCCGCUAGUGUGGGGCCAGUGUUCGCACUGUUUCCACAUCCACUGCAUCAUGAAGUGGCUCAACUCCCAGCAAGUCCAGCAGCUCUGUCCAAUGUGCCGUCAGGAGUGGAAAUUCAAGGAGUGAUGGUGCCGGGAAGUUGGAAUACAGUUGAACAGCAGCCACCUUAGCUAUCUCUCUCUCUCUCUCUAAGUUUCUCUUAAAUUAGCUGGCUCAGCUAGAUGUGAGGCAGCUUUCAUAAAACAGCCAGUCAGAAAGGUUGGCUCUAGCAACAACCCUUGUUCGAACUACCAUUGAUCGCAGUAGUAACUGGAGGAGGGUGUGCAGAAUAAUCAAAAUGAGUCUUUCAGAAAUCCAUAAGAUGGAGCUAGAUUCAACAAGGGAAUUCAGCUGGAUUUGAACUUUCCCAUUUGCCACUCUUACUCCACCUUGCUGGUUUCCUAGGAACUCGUUUGGCUAAUCAGUGUACCUGUAGAGGUCAAUGAAUUUGUCUUGGUGCUGCCACUAAACUAGCCCUCUCGUUAGCUUCACAAAAGUUAAAUUUGGUGUAAAUUAUUCUUGGAAAACAGCACGGAGAGAGACAAAGACGAAAAAACAAGAGACCCUAACCCCCACUGCUAGACUGUUGUGGACAUUUCGGGGGGUUAUUUUGUCACGUUACAAUUGUCAUCGUUCUGUGCAUUUCUUGUUCACUUCCCUCCCGUGAGCAACGCUGAGAAGUGCAUGAGGUUUGUGACAGAAAGGUAGUUCAAGAUAGGAAAUGCACGCCAGAUUGAUUUAUUGUUGUUGCAUGUGUGUACAAUUUUUAAGAAUGUACAGCUAGGGCUGUAUGUGAUGACUGUAAAGGGAGCUGCAUAUUUUUACUUUGUCCAUGUGCAUUCUCAAGUUGAGAUUUUAAGAAAAAGUGGUUUUGCUGCUGGUGCGCAUGUUUCAAAGAAUUGUACUGUAGCAGACGACUCUAAAUGGGGGGGUGCAGAAGGCUGUAUGGUAGACACUGAAUGAAGCGCAAAUUUUGUGGCGAUUUUAUUCGCACCUGGUCUUCAACAAAGGAAGUGACAUUUUAGUAGUUGCCUAUCUCAUUGUGCUCCAGUGAAGCGAGUCUUUCUCUCGUUAUGCAUCGACAAUUCAGAACUGUCUUGGCGCUUUUGUAAAAGGACCAUUAAUGUUCUGCAAUAUUCUGGAAAUAAGCUCCUUUGCAGUGUUCUACUCUAAUCAAACGUCUAUGCACAAAAUAUAUUCGUACCUGAAGCAAAAAAGCAUGCUGGCCAGUGUUGCAUUUCCACGGCUGUGCCUUGUUUUAUUGUUUUUGCCUCCUAUUUCCUGGGUACGGAUCUUGAAAUAAGUGCUGUUGCAGCCCUCACUCGCUGGUGCUUGUUCUCGAAAAGAUGGUGUCAGCUGUAAUUGUAUUUUAGUAAGCAUUCAUCAUGGGCAGUAUUCAUCUUCCAGCAGCAGUUUGAGAACACAAAGUGCUGUAAUUGGAAAGCAGCUUAUUGAGGCGAGAUGCCUCAAUCACGCACUCACACAUCACUAUGUGUAUAUGUGCUAAGUGCGUGCAUCUCUCCUUUCAUCGUCCUAGUUUAUAGUAUUUGUUUAACAGCGUGGAUUUCUGGAAAACCCUUAGACAACCAUGAAAAGAAUCGGGAACAAAUCGCAUGAAGAAGUAACAUCAACAACUUGGCAAGAAUAUCUUUUGAUCAUUCACGUUCAUUCAGCAUGAGUGCAUUCAUGUGUGAAAAUGAUUUGAAUGAACGUACAAUUGGCCUUCUUGCCUGUACAUUCUAGACAAGCAAGGCGUGACUUUCUUGUCUUAUCAAAUGUUUUCUUGCUCAAACAGUGUCUUGAAGGGCAAGAGAAUGCAUGUUAUCCAUGGAGGCAUGCAUGUGUUCAGGCAGCGCUUACACCUUGCCAGGGUAGUUGUAGCCUGCAAUCUAUAAGUGUCACAUGGAGGAAACAUGACUGCGGAGGUGGAUACAGAGUCAGUAAUGAAACUGUCUGUGAUGUAUCAUGUAAAUAUGUUGAAUAAACAGUUUUGUAUUUA